GUGCAAUGAGCGAGGCGGCUUUCUACUAGUGCGUGAUCUAGUGCUCCUGCACACAAUCAAUUAGUAGUUGUAAUUGAGAGCGAAGAUGAGAGUUGCCAGCAGUAGGUAACGUUGAUGAGAGACCGUGGAGUUAGCGUACAACAAGUAGGCAUCUUCUAUUGUAAGGUCAUUAUCAUAUAUCAUGGUGGAUUAUAGAGAUACUACUUCUAGGACGUGAUUACUUUUACUGCUUGUGGCGUCAUCAAAUUGCCGGAGAAGUGGGAUUUUUGGAUGGGCAGUUUCAUGGCAUUUGACGACAAUGUCUCGACUCCUCAUCACGAUGACGAUUUUUGAAUUUUGCCGAUUCGCUAUGUUCUAGCUCAGUAUAACUUCAUCCUCCAACAUUGCGUGUGCGAUGGAGCACCAGAAAAUUUUACCGGCAACAACAUCACGUCGUUGCUGGACCAGGGCGCCAGAUUGUUCAAACUCAACAAGCAGAAGAAGGGCUUUUUCAGCACGACUUGUGAAGAAGCAGAUGAAUGAAAAAAGCAAUAUGGACAACGUUGGUAGCAUGAUGUCCGACAUUUUUCUCCGUUGUUGCGAUUAUUUGUCGAUUCGCUUGCCGCCUCCAUCGCAAAGGAAGAGAAGAGACGACUUGGGCUUUUCCCAGAGUUUCACAAACAUGCGCUUGAACAGAAGCUUCGUCGCGUUGAUGUUACCUGCCAUUUUGCAGAUCAAAAGUGCAAUCGGGCAACCAGACUUCGUACCUGGCAUCGCGGAUGAGGACAUCAUGAGUCAUGCCGAGUACUUGCAACUGAAGCGAGACCUUCGCGAUAGCUGUCGUUAUGUAUGACUCAAAGGCGAUGAAGAUUUAUUAGGACUAGUGCACAGGUAAUUUACCUCUAGGUGUAGUAUUCCUCAUUUCAAGCACUGUUCUCUCCGCUUCAAAGCUUAUUUGAUCAAAAAAUCCUACAGACAUGACAACUAGCACAUGUCAAAAAAUGCUAGAAGUAGAACUGGCUUGGUUUUUUGCUUUUUCCUACGUGUAAUGAUAAUGACAUGUUGACAAGAAUCCCUCUUUUGAUUUUUCUCGUACUUCUUGUUCCUCCUUGGAUGACAAAUUCACUUUGGGGGGUAGAGUCUUCUCCUAGAUGUAUCUUCAUAUUCCAUGCGAAGCUCAAGGUCGAGCAGUGAAAAAAGUGCGGCUGCGUCAGGAAGCGACCAUAGCGUAUCAGCAAAAGCAGAUGAUGGAGAGUCGCCUGUUACAACUGUGACAGCUACCUGGACAUUUCCGCCUGGAACGAUCAACCGUCUGUUUGAUUAUCAUGGAUCUGACCGUGGCUUCAAGAAACACAUGUACGGCUCAACCUACGACUACUUCUUUAUGAAUGGAGAUUUCUGCCGUGAAUGUGAUUUAAUAGUAGUUGAUUGAUUUGUAUCUCGUUUUCUACAUCUACUUGUUUCAACGGUUAUUUCAAUUACCCGGUUCACAUGGUGAAAUUUUGAGUACCAGCAUUAGCGGAACAAUCAGCGGGCGCUCUACUUUUCCUCUACAAGAACGACUUACACGACUGAUAUAUCUCGUCUGUUCAUUCUUCAUACUUCGUAGUUUCCGUUCAUGCUUUUCCAGUUCCGUCGAUGUGAAGUACGCAACCUGUUGGAAAUAGGGAUUGGUUCCGUGAAUCCGAAGUCACCAGGUCACAUGCUAGAACACAAGGAUCGUGGAGAUCACAAUUACCAGCCGGGCCCUUCUUUGCGUGUCUGGCGGGAUUUGUGUCCCAAUGCAGUCAUCUACGGCUUCGAUAUCGAUCCAGACGCGAUGAUACGUGGAGAAGAACGAAUCAAAACGUUCACCGUCGACACAACCAACAAGACUGCUGUUUAUGGCCACAAAUUUUAUUGAUCAAGAACAGGGGAGAUGAUACCAUAGAAGACGUAGGUGGUGCUGAUGUUGACUACUAGUACUAGUAGCAGCUUAUUUUUCUUACAAACUCAGAUAUUCGACUCUCGUCAGCAUAAUUGUUGUGCAGGCGUUUUUGUACUGUCCUAGUCCUUUCUCUCCAGCGCCUCACUUCUUCAUGACAGCGAUCUUUUUAUGUACGAGGAAUUCGGUUGGGAUUACGAGAGUUACGCGAUGUCGCGAUGGCAGCAUACUCCAAGAAAUCGUGCCAAUUGGCAUACUUGGACCGAUAUCGAGGGAGAAUGCACAAGAGCGCCGUCUGAAAGCUCCGCACGGAAUGCGGCGGCCGCACGAAGCGCAAAACAAGUGCUAGUUAAGGUUGGCCAUGUAGUGUUCCGUAGGUUCUUUUCCAAAUCUGGAUAAUUUUUGUCGAGGCUACCCUCACGAGCCUCGUUGAUUCCAGGACAAUUUAGAUAGUCCCCUCAUGCGACAUAAUGACCCCGAAAGUGAAAAGCCGAUGGAAGAAAGAGGGCCGUCGUUUGAGGCUUACAUAAGAUGGCACAUGUAUGUGAAAGAGGCCUAUCUCUCUGUAUCUAAAUCUAUCUUGGCAGGCUUUUAAUUUGCGCAUACCAUCGGACGGAUGGAAUUAUUUGUCGACGACAGCCCUCACCUUCUAACCUAGAAAUGCGUCAGAGAUUAGGGACGGAAAUUCGCCAGAUAUCAUAUGAGCAGGUGAAAGGCGAGGUUAUCGAAAGCGAUGCUACCGCCCCACGGACUCGCAGUGACGCCGAGACGAAGGCCCUAGCAACCGCAUGGUGGAAGAAGUCGUAUGGUCUUGAUAAUCAGCCGUGUUCAGAACAACUGAAGCUGAUAUUUUUCGUUUGGUAUUGAACAAUGGCGCUGUUCUUUUUAUUUUUGAUGAUCGCUUUAGGACUACGCACUGGCACUUCUUGAUUUUCAAGCAUGGUAUUAUACAUGCUUGAAAUAUCCUUUCUGGACGUGAACGAGGCUGACCCAUGGGACUAGUUGUACUUCUAGUACAGAGCCCCCUUAUUCAUUUAAAGGAUUGCGAGGCCGCGCGCAGCUAUCAGACGCGCUUUGAGCGUGGGGAGUUAGUGCAGUGGGAUGUCAUUAUUGACGAUGGUCUCCACACCCCUCUAGCUAACGACGCUUCUAUGAGCUUUCUCUGGCCUUAUCUCUCAAGACGCAAUGGCCUCUACUUGAUAGAGGAUCUCGAUGGCCACUUGGUGGAGCAAGCCUCUCAUUUUCGCGGAAAGUUCGAUCAGCGAUUCACAAAGGUCAUCCUGAUUGCCCAAGGUACUACUUGUUCGAAAGAAGGUAACGUAACUCCUAGCCUUAGUCAUUGGUACUAAAAAAGAACUGUUAGUACAACUUCUUUCUCUUCUUGUUGAGUUUAUAUGUUUUACAUAGAUGAAGAUGCAUUUCACCUUCACGAUCACGUUCACCGACUUCUUGUCGCCUGUAACGGAGUGUGUGAGUAUGACCACUAGAUUCUUCUCACUUAUGACACAUAAUGUUGUGAGCAACAGCAACUACGACAGGCACGACUGCAUCCUCGAACGUAGUUGCGAUCCAGAAAAGCCCAGGCUCGCCGGGACAUAUAGCCAUCACGGCUCAGCAGUUAGAUCCGAAGUUUCAAAUCCAUCCAGCCCAUUGCUGGCAACGGCGAGAUUUUGGCCAAAGUAAUUGGGUCGGAGAAGCUGUGAACAGAACCUUCGAAAAUUGUUGUUUGGGCUCUCCAAAUGAUCCACUACGACCGCUGUGCUACAAGCCGAUAGAUGCGACAAUUUGGUGGGAGCAAGACUUCUAUUCGCAUGCCUUUAGCGGCAGCAAUUGGCUGGAGCUCUUCUACAUGUCCUCGCUGUGCUGCGCACCGAGAAUCUUACGACCAUGUUGUAUUCGUAUUGUAAAUAGCUAGACCCCAGCACAGUCCGCUAAAGCUGACUAAAUAGAGAUCAUAGAAAAUUCACAGAAGAAGAUAGAAAUAGAAUGGCAGAUGAAGCGGAAUGACUAUCAACCGUUGCCAUAUUUCUAAAUCUUGUUGCGAGAACGCUGAACAAAAACGUGCUGAAGUAUUUCCACGUGCCGACAGUGCAGGAGCGAUUUUUUUCAGAGGAGGCUCACCUAAACGCGACUUCAGAGUCAGAGGAUGGCGAGUUUGAAAAUAUGCUACCGGAAUUAUCACACCGACAGGCAGGUCACGUUGCGAGGUAUUCCCGACGGAGAAAACGGGUCAUCGGGGCGACGCCGCUUUUGUGACUUGACAAACAGCGCAGUUCUUUCCAACCUCGUGGGCAAGAACACAGACUCGACAUCCUCUCGAAUCGUCAACAUUUUUUACCAUUCACUUCUAUCCAUAUCCAUUCAACAAGUUCAACAUCAGUAUCUAAGUAUUUACACAUCUCACAAAUUUGCUAAAAAAUGACUCUGAGAAAAUGUUCUUCUUUUGUUUGAUGGACUAGAAAAUCUAAUGAAUAUCAGACGGUCUUCCGUCUUGUUGAGUAGCUUCUUUUAGCAAGCUAGAGCUCAACUGUCGUCUUUUUACUUGCUCCUUUUGGCACAUCUGACGACUAUGGCGCAGACGCAGACCAUAUCGUAGAUCGCUCACCUGGAUUCGUGUUUUUUGUCGCUUAAUAUGUCCGAACAAAGAAAAA